UAAAUGGGGGAAUCCAAGUGGAAACUGUGCUUAGCUGUGCUCCGACUUUCGGGAACACUCAAAAAAGUUGGCAUUAAUUAAAUUAAACGGUGUUAGAGCUCCAAAGUGCUGGCCACAAAGAGCGCACAAGAGCGGACCGUGAAAACCUGUUGCGCCAGCAGAGCGAAAACCCAACAAAAAACCCAACUCAUUCGAGCGGUACAUCGUUAAACAAAGAACUACAUAUUCCAGGAAAUCGAAACCCACACAAAAAACUUGAGCAACGAACUUGGUUUUGGGCCAUGGGAUAAACUAAAUAAAAACGGUGACGAAAUCGUUAAAACAUGAUUCAGCUACGCCUGCGCACUCUCGUUUUGCUGCACUUCAUUGCCCUGGCCAGUUCGGAAUAUGUGUAUGGCGAACCCGAAUUCAAAUGCCCCAAAAAAUCCAAGGCCUUGUAUCCCUGCGAAUGUGUAAAGGGCAGUGAUAAUGGCCUCUACAUUCGGUGCGAAAAUACCAACUUGGCUACUUUGUCCGUAGCCCUCCAGAAUUUGGCCUCUUUUGGUAUGCCCAUCGAGGAGUUGACCAUCUACAGAGGACAUUUCGUUCGUUUGUAUGGGCCACUAUUUGUUCAUAUCAAAGCACGAAUGCUGAUCAUAGAAGAAACACCAUUGGCCACCAUUGAUGAUUAUGUUUUCUACGGAGUAAAUAAUACUUUGGAGCAACUGCAUCUACUUCGCACAAAUCUAAGCCACGUUGGUUUACUAGGAUUCGGCAUUCUAGGAAAAGCUAAGGAACUCGUAAUCGAUGGUCAUGCAUUCCAACAGCUACCCAAGGAUCUAUUUGCUGGCCAAGAGAUCGCCAACAGUCUGGGAAUCAUACGUGUGACCAAUGGUAACCUAAGUGAUCUGCCUAUUGAGACUUUCCAGCCGUUGCGAAAACUAAAAACGCUCGACUUGCAUGGAAAUCAAUUGGAGAAUCUGAAGCGCAACCAGUUCAAGAAUCUAAGAGAAUUAGAGGUGCUGGAUAUAAGUCACAACCAGAUUAAAAAGCUGGAGGCACAGCACAUAGCUGAUCUGACAAAGCUGGGAUGGUGCAACGUUUCUCAUAAUGCCUUAAGCGAACUUAGUCGUGGAACUUUUGCCAGAAACUCUGUGCUGAAGGUGCUCCAUCUGUCCCACAACCAGAUUUCACGCUUGGAUGCGAAUAGUUUUAGGGGUAUGCGUUUCCUCCGUCGUCUUUUCCUCAGUGAUAAUGCGCUCACGGAUAUUGGUCGUGGUACUUUCGGCUCGAUUGCUCGCAUUGGAACUAUUGAUCUUGCACGCAACCGUCUUAAGAAGAUCGAGUUCCAGAUGUUUACUCAGAUGAACUAUGUGGAGUUGCUCGAUUUGGCGGAAAACAACAUAACCAAGAUUGAAAAGAACUCUUUCAAGGAUAUUUACCAGGCUAUCAUAAACGUAUCCCAUAACGCUUUGGAACUUAUUGAAACAGCUGCAUUUGAAAAUUGUGUAAACAUCACGGUUCUUGACUUGUCCCACAACCGGUUAGCCAACUUUUCGCGUCGCAGCUUCGAUGAGACCACUUUUGCGACCUAUUUUCAGCUAAGCUAUAACAAUCUUACCAAUUUGGCACAGAUUCCCAUUCAAAAUAUGACAGGCUUGAAAGUAUUGAAUGCCUCGUACAACAGCAUUACCGACAUACCCAAAAAUUGUUUUCCGAAGCUCUAUGAACUGCACACCAUCGAUGUCUCGCACAAUAACAUUUCCAGCAUAUUUAAUGGAGUUUUUCAAAACCUAUUCUCGCUACGCUCAAUUGAUCUUAGCCAUAAUAGCAUGAGGGAAAUCAAGUCGUCGACAUUUGGCACUUUGCCAACCCUCUUAGAAAUGGAUCUGAGUCAUAACGAACUGGUAUCCGUAGUGCGAGGAUCGCUGGCCAAGUUGACCAGUUUGCGACAGCUGUAUUUGAAUAAUAAUCAAUUGGAAAAGCUUUUCCAAUUGCCUAUUUCCCUAAAUGAACUCUACUUCAGCCAUAACAGACUGACUAAUAUACCAUCGGGCACCUGGCCAGUGAUGAACUCACUGAUCUACUUGGACCUGAGCCAUAAUCAGCUGGGGGAUAGUCUAAAUGGGGAAAGUUUUACUGGUCUGUUGGUGGUGCAACGACUGAAGCUGCAAAACAAUGGCAUCAGUCAGCCACCAAAGGAUGCGGUGGCUGUCAUGUCGACACUGCAGUACUUAUACUUGGAGAACAACAAUAUUACGACCUUGGAGCGAAGUGCCUUUGGUAAGCUGCCCGUCUUGUUUGAGUUAAAUCUGUAUGGUAACGAAGUUAAGGACAUAAGCAAGCGAGCUUUUGAGGGCCUGCUGCAGCUGCUCACUUUAAAUUUGUCAUCGAACGGAAUCCAGACUCUGCAAAAUGACAUCUUCAUUGGUCUGCCAUCUCUGCGAAGCCUUGAUUUAUCCUUCAAUUCCCUUACCAAAUUGGACAACAAAACCAAUGGUGUCCUGGAUGAUUUACUCAGUUUGGAAAGCUUAGAUUUGAGUCACAAUCGUAUAAGUUUUGUGACCAAGAAAACCUUUCCUUCUCAUCAGUACAUUCCGUACAACCUAAGAAACCUGAACCUAAGCUACAAUUUGAUGCCCAUACUGACCUAUGAUAUUACCUUUGGCACCAAAAAGCUGGUUCGGUUGGAUGUAUCCCACAAUCAGAUCAACGAUCUAAGGAGAGGAGUUAUUUCUAAUUUCACUUCACUUCAAAGUUUGGACAUGUCUCACAAUGAUCUAUCGAAUCUGAAGUCUGAAGAGCACAUCUUUGACCUGCCUCAAAACUUAACUCGCUUGGACCUUUCCCACAACAAAAUCUACCACUUGCCGUUCGCCAAUCUGGUGAAAGUGAAAUCCCUGAAAUAUGUUGAUCUUACCAACAAUAGUCUGGAGGAUGUGCCCGCUUCGAUAGUGGGUAGCAUGCGUAAUGGUAGCCAAGUGCUUCUGGCCGGAAAUCCUCUGCACUGCGGCUGCAAUGCACGACCUUUGAAGUACUUUAUGCUGCAGCAAACAAUAGCUGGUGAGGAUUUGCAGAGUAUUUACUGCGGAACUCCGGCUUUGAUCAAGGACAAGCAGCUCAUAUCAUUGGACGAUGAGUAUCUGCACUGCGCCGAGGAUGAGCAAGAGAUGUAUAAGGGGAUUGACUAUGAACAGCUUACAGAUGUCCGAUUCCGAGAAGUGAAAACCAACAAAGCUGGCAUGUUGACCCUAAGCUGGUAUGUCUCCGGCUUUUCAGACGUCUCAGACUUCCACGUUUAUAUCCGUAGUAGCAGAAACGAUGUGCUUCACCAGUCGGACUAUGCCUAUAACAAUCGCACUGCCCAAAUCCCGCUGGAAGAGCUCUCGACGCUGGGAGAAGAGAAACUGCGUGGCGCUGAGAUAUGUAUAGUAUCCCGGGAUAGCGAUGGAAAUACGCGGAAGUGGUUCUCGGGGCAGUGCCAGCAGAUACCGUCGCUGAAGCGACCCCGGACUUUCUUCUUCGGAAACUUUCAGGUCCGGGGAGGCGUUUCCCGGACCUCCAGCAGCCUACCUCAUUGCCUUUUGUAUAUAAUACUCGUUUUAUUUGUUGCCAGAUUCUAGUUAGCACGGGAAAACUGUGCAACAAGAUUAUUAUCUUAAUAAGUAUACUCGAAAAUGAUUGUAAUUGUGCACUUUAUGUAAAAAUCGUUUUAAGUUCGUAUCGAUGUGAUAAAAUUAAUCUUGAAAAGAGA